AUGAAUCUCUGGCUAUACACACUCUCAUUGAUUCCGCUCGUGGACGCAUGGACUUUUCUGUACACCAAUGCGACCGGAAAUGCCACCAUCCUACAUGACACUGGAACGGACAACUGCACGCAAAUAGACCUAGCUGGAGGGAAACUCUUCUCCUGGGAUCCCGAGGAUUCGGGUCUUUGUAUCUCGAUAUAUUACGAUGCUACGUGCACGGAUAGAGGGGGUCUCUCUUGUAACGCUUGGAGCAAGAACGCGAGCACGACAUUCCACGGCGUCCAGAUAUACUCCGAGUCAGAUUCUUCUUCUACGUCUGUUUCGACCUCGACUCCGACUCCUACAACAUCAGCUUCCAGCUCCACAUCAACUUCUACCUCCACGUCUACGACCUCUAUGUCCACAUCGUCGACUCCCACCGCCACCUCCACAUCCACAUCCACAAACCCUGGUGCUGCGGGUAAUGGCUCUUCAUCCUCUCUUUCAGGCGGCGCUAUCGCCGGCAUCGUGAUUGGAGUUUUGGGUGGAGUGGCCAUCAUCGGGGGACUAUUCUUCUAUUUUGGACGCCGGAACCGCAAGAGCGAGAACCUUACCGAUGUCAAAGAGCUACCUGGCCCAACAUCUGGCUCGAUUUCCGGAGAUCCACGUCGUCCAUAUUCCCCACAGUCACCAAUGAUGGUAGCUGGAUAUGCACAGCCGGCAUAUACGGACAACUCAGAUAAGGCGCCUAAUUCAUCGAGCGGCAUGUCAUCAGUACGUCCUGCUCCGGGGUCUCGGGUGGUGGAACUAGCGGGUCAUGACCGGGCAGUUGAGCUGGGGAAUAGCCCGAUCAGUGAGCUUGAUGGUCAGCCAUCGGAGAAGUACUCUUAUCGAUUUUAA